AUGUCUACCACUACAAUAUCUAGACCGGCUGAGCCGAAUUCAUUCACCGGAAAUCGAAGCGUGAUGGAGCGCAUCCGAGAGAGACGCAGAGCAGCCGAAGCCAAACAAGCACGCGAGGUCGAUACUUCAAAUCUUUCAGUCGGAUUCAUGUCAAAAUCCCAACGUGCCUCAAAUAUGCCGAAUUACCCAGGUCUUGAUCGUUGGCGUUUGCUGGAGAAGAUUGGAGAUGGUGCUUUCAGCUGUGUUUAUCGUGCAAGCGACACGAAAUCUGAGCUGGGUGAAGUGGCCAUUAAGGUCACGAAGAAAUACGAAAUGAAAGAGGAACAAAAAAAGAAGCUACACGACGAAGUUGAGAUUACGCGAAAACUCGAUCAUGACAAUGUGGUUCGACUUAUUGACGCCUCUGAAUCGGUUCAGUACCAUUAUAUGUUCUUGGAGCUUUGUCCUGGAGGCGAAUUAUAUGACCAAAUUGUCAAGUUUGCGUCUCUUAGUGAGCAAAUGGCCCGACAUGUUAUAUGGCAAGUUGCAAAUGCUGUGCAAUAUCUUCAUGAUACUAUGGGUGUCGUUCAUCGAGACAUCAAACCAGAAAACAUUCUUUUUUACCCUAACUCUACCACACCGCGCGAAGAAUCGAAAUCCACCCAAUCAGGAGAUGAAGAAGAAGCCGUAUCAAUUGCUGAUGUCGGGGCUAGCGAUAUUGGCGUGGUCAAACUCGCCGACUUCGGGUUAUCCAAGGUUAUUGCCGGCGUUCCAGCCGCAACACCCUGCGGUACCAUGAGUUACGCUGCACCCGAGCUUUUUAGGAAACACAGAUAUACAACCAGUGUCGACAUGUGGGCGCUUGGCUGUCUUCUUUUCACAAUGUUGGCCGGAUUCCCUCCUUUCUACGACGAAGAUCUUGACAUCAUGAGGCGCCAGAUUAUGCAAGGGGAGUACUCAUUUUCUGCACCAAAGUGGGACACCAUUUCGGAUGGCGCAAAGGAUCUUGUUUCUCGUCUUUUGACUAUUAACCCAGAAGAGCGGUCAACAAUCCAGGAGUGCCUUGAUCAUCCUUGGAUGCACGAGGAUUCAGAAGAUAAAACGCCCACCAAUGACGUUUUCACGCCCAACAAUGAACGCCAUCAUGCUUCAACAGGGACCACCCCGAUGCUCGAGAAUUUCCAAAUUGCUGAUAACGAGAGCGGAGAAACUUGUCCUCAGACUCCCAAUAUCCGGGAUAUUUUCAACGUUGCGCUUUCCGUGCAUAAAGAACAGCACCAGUCGCAGCAAACAGCAGAAAAUCAAAAAUCUGCAGACGGUCAUAGAUUCAAGAAAUCUAACCCGCUAUCUAACCUUAGUAUGAACAACAGCAAAUUGCUUGAGAAGAGGAGGAUGCGAGCCGAUGGUGGCCAAUCAAUCCCAAGCUGUUGA